GAAGCGUAACUGACAGAAAGAAAAAAGAAAAAAGAAAAAAAAGGAGGGAAAAAUUGGAAGAUCUAACGGGUAUCCGACUUAAUUACAAGCCAGCAUAUGGACCGGACCCCAAGUUGGUUCCCUUUCCUCUCGCGGUAUGAAUAUCGCAUUAAGUCAUGAGUGAGAGAUAGCUCCGGGCAGGGGUGGGCCCCCGAUGGGAAACUACGAAUUUAAUAGAAUAAUAAAUGGAGCCGUCUGCGUUGCGGCGAUGCCGAUGGCGGCGACCACGAGGUCUCGUAACUCGUACUACACACACACACACACACGUACACACACACACGUAGACACCAGGAAGAUAAUUCGGUUCCUUUUUCCUCCGAGCGGCACGAUUCCCUUCGAUUCGACCUGUACGAAACGUUUCCUCGUCCACGUCUAAAGGAACAUGACGCUGACAGACGCCACGCCACGCCAAGGUAUCGUUAAAUCGCUAUAAUCGGUAUAUAAUGCAGCAGAAACAUCGUAGGAAGUUGACCGGCCGGGUAAACUUUUAUAACAGUGAUUACGAUAAUGGUCGACAUUACGCGCCGCGAUUCUUUUACGAAAUCCCAAGCCACGCGGCUUUAUACGCGCGACUGUAAUAGCCCGCGUGUAAGAAAAUGUUGCCGGCGUAAUGUCCCCACCCCGUCUCUUUCAUCCCGGCGAAAUUUCACCCUUAUUGCAGGUUACUUAGCCGAACUUUGUAUUAUUACAGAAUAAACAGAGCUUGCCCGAAGGCACGGCGAUACGAACUUGCGCGAACAAUUUGAACGAAAUUCGAACGUCUUGCAAGGAUCGUCUUAUGGAGUUUAACGUUAGUCUCGUUAAAACUUUCGCAUGAUCAUAUACAGUGACAAUGGAGACACAAUUUCGAAUCGUGUGUAACGAAACACGGCGAGAUAUUUACAAAACGUCCGGCAUGAUCGAGUAAUUACAAGAAACGCGCGUGUCAUUCCAAUGAAAAAACACCAUGACAGAGUGUCAUCCAAAAGGACUGGAACAAGAUGUUGGCUGUUAAUUACACGCACGGCACGCUUUACACGCGGAAGCGGAAGCAGCAGAGUCGCCGAACGAGAAGGAGGGAUCCCAACAAAGUACAAUAUAUAUAUAUAUGCACGUAUGUACGUGUGUAGUGUAUUGCCGAAAAAGAGCGUAGACAAGAGGCGGGAGGGGUCGUUUGAUUUGUCGCGUUACACGCCGCUGCAAUUUUCGGCGCACGAACGUGGUGUAGGCUAUUUGGUCGGUCAGGGCACAUGUUAGCACAGUUUACAAAGUAAACACCGAUGCUUGCGGCGCUUGGGAAAGGGCGGCUCUCUCGAUGAUGGCCAGGAUGAGACGAGCAGGAUAGAGGCAGCGUCCGUUCUGCACUGAUAACACAAUUAGCUUGUCUCGUCAUGCGCGACCUCUGAUAAGAGAUUCCCUCUCUCUCUCUCUCUCUCUCUCUCUCUGUCUGUCUCCAACGUCGCUCACCCUACGCUCCCAUUACCCGUUCUCCGUCCUCCUUCCUCCAAUCCCCUUUCCGGUGUUCCCGUUUCGUUUCUCUUCGUCGGGCCAAGCUCUCGCGUGCUCCUGCUAUCCCUCUAGUACACUUUAGUCGCUCAGCGAGCAGGAUCGCGCUCGUCAGUCGAGUAAAUCCAGACGAGAAGAUCCCUUGGGAGUACACGGCGUUUCAGGGACGCGCGAUAAGGGCGGGCGGGGGCACAGCUUAACCCUCUCCGGGAUGCGAGAAGGGACACAACACGCGGGGGGCUGGAAUCGCGUGGCGUGGCACGCACGUGCGUGCACACGCGCUGCCGUGCCGGUUUUCGCACGGACAGGCCGAUCUGUGUGGGUGCUGCAGCCGAGGGGGCAGCCGCAGCGCGCGGACCUGCAGCCACCGUACCAACUAGAUAUAUACUUUAACGAAGUCCGCCGAAUGUCCAGAUCGUGCCCUGGUGAACAAAUUUGCCGAGACAUCGAGGGAGGAUUCAGGAUCACGGCCGAGGGGGAAGGAACGAAAGGAGACAAUGACCAAAGGCACAAGGAACAAAUUGCAUUUUACGAUUUUCCAAGAAGACGACGCAGCCUACUAACUUCGAAAGCAAUUUGUCAGAGGACGAUUACGGAAUCAGCAUGGAAGGAAGGAAGAAGCACGGUGUUCGGAUGUCCCGAUUGAAAAGAAGAGGCCACCGGGAAGCGGUAGCCAUAGACCUCGGGCGCAGUGAAGCAUAGGGGGUGGCAGUGGUGCGGUAAUAGCAUAAAUCCGCGGUUGUAGUCGGCUCUCUCGAUGCCGCCGGGGCGGGGGAAGGGACAGGCCAGGAGCAGCCGACUGUCGGAAGAAACGACAGUCGCCACUCGACGCC